UACCCCUUGAACUAAAAAAACUAUCAGCCUACGACAGCCUGGGGGCCGGAAACCCGUCGACCGACUUUCACAUCUYCUAGUAUACGUUUACAGCAUCAAGAUUGAUGRAAAUUGUCAAUGAAUYUCAAGUCAUUUAAGCUACGUGGAGACRUGUCUUUUGACCCGAAUCCAGAUGCURCCGAGUCUAUUUGUGAAACUUAAAACUUUUUUUGUUAAGAAGCGUCAUUUCUUGACAUUCGAAUUUACAAUGAUAGACCACAAAGGAUGUCAGAAUUCUGAGUGUUACGACAAGAUAGUUUUGCCCGRGGUGACGGAUUUUUUGCGCUCACAGAAAGGAGUUGUAAAUCACCAAGAUGGCAGUGCAAAUUCGCAUGGCAUCUUAGUUUUUAUUUUCCUAAAAAAAUAACACCCUCCAAACACAAAUACAAUGGAAAAUAGCUGCGUUCACAUAGAAUUGUAAUACCAUCGACCACGACUACUUUACAGGGGCCUCGGCGAGAAGAAAAAAAAUAAUAUUACAAAUAUAUCUAAACGCUUGUAUAAUACACGGGUUAAAAAGCAGAAAAAAAUCAAUUAAAAGCGUAAAUUAAAUGUUCAUAAUUGCAAAGAUAAAACAUUGGGUUUUUUUGGACUAGCGGAUUCAAGGCUUAACCGCUUUGAAGCUUAGCGCUUCGAUGUAAAUAGCUCGCUUGAGGUCUAAAUAUCCCGUCGUGCCCAUAGCAUGGCUACAAURGGUGACSGUGUUUGASAUCAACAUCCCUGCAGUUCCAACCUCAGCCUUAAAAGUGAGCUCAGAAGACUCAGCAACACGCAAUACCGGAGAAUCCUUCAAAGGGUUUAAGCUCAUCAAUGGCGACGAUAUCGUUCUUUACGGGUAUUAUCUUAACACCCCAAUUCACACAUACUCCAAUGUUAUCUUCUCGACACGCUUACGGCGUGAUAAAAUCUGACACAGGGUCAAAAGCUUUAUUUUCUUAUUCAAAGUGUUUGAAAACCACUAGAAAAACCACUCAAUGACAGGCAAUCUCACUGAGCUCAGUUAUCGCUAGGCUUGCUGGCUUUGACUAGAGUAGGCUUCAGAACUCCGCAUGCAUGCUAGGGCAAAACAUUGGCAUCCCCCGUCGGUUUCUUUUCAAUGGUAUUGUAUUUUGGUGCGUACACAAUAUCUUAAAGGGCGAAACUCUCAGAGGGACUCAAACUGAAUAGUUUUCCCACAUUGAAUAGRCAGAACACUUUAUUGAAAUCUUGGACAUUUUGGAUGKYAGAGGAGGGCUAAUUUUAUAUCAGGAAGGGKUUUUGGUCCUCUUUUAGAAGCCAAGUGUGACAAUUGGUAUAAGCUGUUUAUUAUACCCCGCUGGGUCUUUCAAACUGAGCUCAACCCCAACUGUCAAUCAACUUGAAUCACCUGCGAAGAGAUUGUAGUUGAAACGGUCUUCAAAUAAUCUCUCUUAUCGCUUCUAAAAGGGCUGGUUAUUCCCAGGGAAUAAUCAAACGCGAUUUUAUUAGCGGCGUUCUAAGGUGAUCACGAUGAUAAACCCCRUAAAAACCGCGUCAAAUUUGCCCAAACAGAACGAAAAUGUAUAAUGAGACAGACACCAUAUAUAGCGUGUAUUCCCGGCCGAUCAAACAAUUAAAAACAUCACCAUUUCGCAGCAUGGCACAGCUAAUCAUAAUGCCCCAGCCGAUCGCCGAGUUGCGCAUGCGUGAAACGCUUGUAGUACAAUCAUCUUGAGGGCGUCACGCUGUGCUUCAACGGCGUAACAGAUGCCUGUGCACACAUCGAUCGGCCCUCGGUUAACGUUAAUUAUUAGGCUUUUCUAACCCUGUUAUUUACACUGGAGCAAAAUUGAUCAACAGUGAAGCGUGUGAUAAGCAGUUGUAUGGAACACGACUUCGUCAAACGGCCAUCGCUGUCACACGRACCGCCAUCACAUCCAACGACAAGUCACGGGYUGAAUACAAGUGUUUUGACGUCUAGCGAGUAUUCAGAUAGAAGACGCACAACUUCACCGAGCAUGAAUCACAUUCUGGACCCCGCAAGUCAUUUAUCGUCCAUUCGUCUAGCGGCGACCCAUCGUCUACCUCCAGAACCACUGUCAUACGARCAGAAAACGACGGGGAUGACCGGGCAGCAAAGUUUGUACCAUUCGUUUCCUAGUUAUCGUCAUGUGGCGAGCCAAGGUUUCGCCGCUCAUGAUUAUAUACACCACCAGGACGCAGUAUCUCACCUGGGAACAAAUGGCAGUUUGUCUUCCCACUCUUUUUCAAUUCACGAAUCCAUYGGGAAUCCUUCAAAUCAUGGUCAUCGRCACAAUAUGUUCGCUUCUUCGCCUACAUCRGCAAUACAUCCAAAUAACAUGGGCUACCACCACUCCGUAGCACGAAAAGGAAUCGACGCAGUCCAUUACGGAAGCUUUGGUCCCGCACACGAUUCGGUGUCCCAUCACGCUAUGCCGCAGGUUUUAAAUCCUUCUUUGAGGUAUCCCAGAGGAGGGGAUUUGUAUUCGAGACCAGAGAGAUUUGCACAGGGACUAGGUAACCCUUUUGUUGAUCACACACCUCCUGGUUAUCCAAGUCCGACUGCUCCCAGCAUGUACUUGCCAUUGGUUAAGCAACCUACUAACCAGAUUUUGACAUGCCAGUGGAUUGACCAGUCGGUCGCUGCCAGUAAGCGAAAACCGUGCGGGAAACAGUAUASCAUGAUGCAGGACAUAGUGUCUCAUAUCUCAGAUGAGCACGUUUGUGCAAACGACUCGAACUUACAUGUGUGCUACUGGCAAGACUGCAGCAGGAAUGGCUUACCCUUCAAAGCUAAGUAUAAACUUGUGAAUCACAUAAGAGUUCAUACGGGGGAAAAGCCUUUCCCAUGUCCAUUCCCAGGCUGUGGGAAAUUAUUCGCUCGCUCUGAGAACUUGAAAAUUCAUAAAAGGACUCACACYGGAGAGAAACCUUUCGUUUGCGAGUAUCCUGGAUGCGAUCGACGRUUUGCAAACUCGAGCGACCGCAAAAAGCACUCACAUGUCCAUACCUCUGACAAACCCUACAUUUGCAAAGUGGAUGGAUGUAAUAAAAGUUAUACACAUCCGAGCUCUUUGAGAAAGCAUAUGAAACUACACGAGAAUGGUGGUAUUAGACCACUGUCACCAUGUCUGUCACAAACCAAUGGGCAAAUUGAACCGUUAAGUAGUAAUCGGGACAGUGUGCCUAGGUCACCAUCAUCUCCAGUAAGAACCAAGGAUAAGCCACAAGAAUGGUAUUCUUGUUAACGAAGUUGAUAACUUUGUCUUAGACUGUUAAUAUUGAGUAUUUUCAUUGUAGCAUAGAAACUUUAGCUUGACUUGAAACCAAUAUGAUAACUCUGGUUCCAUGCAGGCUAGUUAAGACUGAUGUAUUUGACAUUGGUUCAUUGAUUCAUCGAAACGAGUCUAACCAAAUCUGAAGUUCUUAGUGUCGGCUGGAAGCCAAACAAACUCUCUAGCUGUAAAUACACUCUAUACAUUGCAUUCUUAAGUCAUGYAAAUAAUAUCAAAACUUUAUAGCUAGAAAGAGAUAAACUUGAUGCCUAUCUUCAUCAUAUAUAAAUAUAUAUAAUAAGUGUACAAAAUGUAUAUUAUUUGAAUAUUGAAAAUACUAGGGAAAACAUUGAGAAAAUUUAUCAAAAAAGGAAAACUAUUUCUGCUACGAUGUAUGAAUAUCGAAAGAUCUUUAUGACCAUCAUGGAUAAUAAAAAGAAAAUACUUACGAAAUAGCAUUAUUCAAG